AUGUCGCUCUCGAUUUCUCAGCCUGCAACUACGGUACUUCUAGGCACCGCUCUCAUUAAAAUUACCGCUACUAAUGGAAUCUCUCAUGUCUUUCGAUGUCUGCUCGACAGUGGAAGUCAACUUAACUUCAUGACGGAGAGGGCAGCACAGCUAUUAAACGUCUCUCGUAACCGCUCUACUCACACAAUAGUGGGAAUCUCUGCAUCGCAAUCCUCGACAAAGGGACAUGCACUCCUAGAACUAUCCACACUAGGCAGUGAAGUAAUUGCUUCAAAUCAACCUUUCCAUAUUCUAGAUAGAAUUUCCGCUCCUUUGCCUCGUACUCAACUCUCUUUUGAGGUUUACGAACUGGUAAAACCUCUUGUCCUCGCAGAUCCGACCUUUCAUAUUCCUCAGAAUAUUGAUAUUCUCAUAGGAGGUGCUUUGUUUCCAGAACUUCUUACUCAUCAAUCCUACCCAUUGGGCUCAAACCUUCCAUUCGUUAUUGGAACACGAUUGGGAUUUGUGUUAAUGGGCAAUGCACCAACUUUGUCUAACUCUUCUCCCACCUCAUGCCAUUCAUCUCUACUCUCCACUACGGACGAGCUACAUAAUACUCUACUUCGCUUUUGGCAACAAGAAGAGGUACCGCAGUGCAAUCUUAUCUCUGAAGACGAUCGCAUCGCUGAAGAUCACUUCAAAUCAACUCACUCCCGCUCUCCAGCCCUUUCAAGAACCAACAUCAGCCACUGGGCACUUUAA